GAGAUGCAAGCAAUAGGGGGAGGGGUGGAAAAAGGAGAGAGGAGGAGAGUGUGGCUGUGUGUGGAUGGAUGGAUAGCCUACCACCGGGUUGUGCCGCCACUGCUAGAAGAGCACGCACACACAUACACACACACACAUACUCAGAAGGGUAGUGUGUAAGCCAGCCAGCCAGUCAGUGUGAGCGUGUAAGCCAUGUUGGAUGUGAAUGAACGGGAGGAGAGAUGCUGCUGCCGCGCCGCUCCUAACGCUCAGACCUCCAGCUCCACGGACCACAGCGGGUAGAUGCCAACUCUCCAGGCCGACGGAGAGACGGGGGAGCCUGGGGGAAGGUGUCGGGCGGUGCCGGCGGUCCUGGAACUGGCCACCUAGCCGGAACGAAGGAGAGAGAGAAGUAACGGGGGGAGAGGGGAAGACGCGCUCGAGAGAGAGAAAGAGAGAAUAGGCUGAGGUGGAAGAGGGAGAAAGGAGGGGAGAGACAGAGAAAGGAAGAGACUAAAUGGCUGCACCGCUACCGGGCUUCACCCCGCUCCUGCUCUCGUCUCUGGCACUCCACCUGCUUCUCCUCGGCCCUUUGUUCGCCCUCACCCCGGGGACGGGGAACACAGGAGGGGCAUCCAACCGAUGGACCCCGGGCCUCUGCUACCGAGACGCCGGUAAAGUGAGCCAGCAGCAACAGCAGCAGCAGUGCGAGGAAGCAGGGGAGUCGCCGAGGGGCAGCUGGAAUCUACGCCCAAGCAGGUGCACCGUAGAGCGGAUACAGACUGAGGGAUGCUCUGGAGUGCUGCGCGCAGGGGGGACGCUGGGAGGAUACCACCGGGAUGGGACAAGAGCCACAGGGAACGAGAGACUGGAAGGAGUCGGGACGUUUUGGUGGAGUGGAAGCGGCCCUCCAGUACCAUCACCUCCUCCUCCUCCUCCUCCUCUCCACCCAGGUAUUAGGAACAGGUCGAGCUCUGAUGGCGUCGGCGCAGGAGAGGGAGUGGAGAGGGGGAGGAUGAGAACGAAGGGCGUUGUUUCUCCUCCCGUUUCACCUGCUUUCACCUCCUCGCCGGUUCAAAACGGCAAAAAACGGGCAGUACAAAGGACUAGAGUGUGCGCGCAACGGUGGCCGGCGUCAAGGCCACACCUCACCAAACGUGGCGCCGGCAGAGCCUUUGUGCGAGCCUCUGGCCUGUGCUGGGUACCCGGAAGUGGAGAGAGGAGAGGGGGAGAGGUGAGGGAGAGGUUUCAUGAGGUGAAGAGGGUCUGUACUACAUGGUGCUCCCUGACAGCCGGGCAUCCAUGCAGGUCGUGUCCAGUCGAGCAAGCCCUCUCCCCGGUCAACAACCCCUCUCCUGGCCCUUUGCCAACCGGUUGCUCUUGUUGCAUUCAUUUUCUUUCUGGAUACAAUUCACCACACAGUGAGGCUUCAAACUACACCUUCAAAUUUCAUCCACGUUUCAACAACAAUUCAGACUGUAUCCAGGGAUCACAAUUGGACUACAUUUGUCAUUUUUCAACUUCCCAGACGGGCCACACUGAUACAAUUCAGCCACAGCCAGUCAACAACAGCCAGGCCUGGGGUACUGAUGGGGGCUCGGCCAGCGUGGACAGGAGGGCUGUUAAUUGUUCUCAUUUGGGCAGGCACAAUGUUAUCGAUCCCAGCAGCAACAGAGAGGGGGGUGAUGAUGGCUGUUUGACUGGGUGCAUUAGGAGCAAGGAGAGGGGAGCGAGGAGUGGGGGAGAUGAGGAGGAGGUAAAGGAAGCGUACAGAUGUAGCGCACCGGCAAUGAUUAACCCCAGAACCGGGGCACAGCUGGAUUGUUGUUGUCUCCCUGUCUGUAAUGCGAGAGCCAGGUACCAUCAUGCCAGAAUUGUGGAGAAGGGGAGGGAGAGAGAUGAGAGGAGAGAGGUAAAGGAUGAAAAAGGAGGAGGGAUACACCGCAACAAACACAUUAAUUCAUCUAAUUAUUCGGAUAAUAAUUUGGCUUUUCCGAUUGUGACGCUCCUAUGUAGGGUUGAUAAUGAGCUUCGACAGGGGAAAUCAGCACCAGCAACCAGAGGGCAGAGCAGUCAAACCCGGGGAGAAAGCAGGGAGGUUCCCGUUGGUUGCUUUGGUUGUUUGGACAGAAUAGAAGUGGGGGAUGGAUAUUUAACCGUGUUUAUGGUCCCGGAGGGAGGAAUAACUCAGAGGAAUCUCCUCAUCCAAUUUACCCCCAGCAGCAUCACAGAGACGCCCGGCCAACGUUUUCUAUCCAACAAAAGCGCAAUUCCCCAAAUCACAUCAAAAUAUCCUGGCCCCGUGCUCACUACGCCCCCUCAAACACAAACAGGCGAGUAUGCAAAAAGCGGAAAAGUCUCCAAACCGCUCAGUCGAUCUGCUGAAAAAGUAAACGCAACUUCAGAGACACAGUCUGCCGGUGACUCAGGCUUUUUCUCGCUUGCUGAGUUUCCCGUUACAUCUCCCGGUGUUGUGUCAGCCUUGUCUCGCUCCGCAGCAGCAAUCAAACCACGUCCUCGCACUCAGCCAGAUCACGCCACAGCAAAACAGCUCUCGCUUUUCUCGGAAAUGAAUCUGACCACAUGGCAGGAUGACUCUGCACGCUCGCUUCACUUACCCGCUGUGAAGGACGUGAUUUCAGGACAACGGACAGCUCCCCUAGACUCUCAGCGCGUGUUUUUAUGGCACAAAUACAACACCAACAAUAAUAACAACAACCAAGAGGAGGGAGGCAAGGAGGUAAAUGGAUACAGUCAUGAAUCUGAGGCAGAAAAAACGCAUGAUCAGACACAGCAGCAAGACCUAUGGGAGAACGCACUGCGUGAGAUGGUCCACGCACGGUGCGCUGACAGCAUUUCCCCCGACUGUUCAGCCACCGAGUGGGGGGACCACGCACAUAUGCAAUUAAAAUCCGGUAAGCAAGUGCCAUUAGAGCCCGCAGGUGUCAGACAGUCAGAUAGGCGGCAGAUGGGGGGCGAGGGAGAAAGGGAGAGGGAUGCAGAGAGGGAGGGAGAGGGCUCGGAGGGGUCCACUGCUGAUGCUGCUACUGUUGGGGGAGGGAAAUUACAGGUGGGGGUGGGCGAGAGAGAGGCGCGGCUGAUGGGAGGGAGAGAACCAGGGGUAGAAGAGCAAGAGGAGGAGGAGUGGGAGAGGGAAAGGGGAAUAACAAAGGCAAGCCAGGCAGAGGAGAGAGAGUCAGAGGGAAGGAAGGGUCAGGAUAGGGGCAGUAGCACCACCACCACCAUCACACAGCCUGAUAGCGAAAGAUGGAAAAAAGAGACCCAGACGGAUGAAAGCCAUGAGGCUAGAGAGGGGGAUGAAAGGGAGGAGGAGGAGGAGGAGAGGCCCAGCAAAAGGGGAGAGAGGAGUCUGGAACGACUGAUAAUAGUAGCAGACGAUGAGACCUCACAGGGAGAAAGGGAGAGGAAGAUGCUGUGGCCUCGCUCUCGACGUGCGGCCAACAGACAUCCCCAUUUUUCCCAGUAUACCUACCAAGUGCAAGUAGCUGAGAACCAGCCACCCGGCACCUCAGUCAUUGUCAUGUCUGCCUCAGACCCAGAUGCAGGAGAUGCAGGCAGGGUGAGCUACUCAAUAGCCCCGCUGAUGAACAGCCGCUCAUCUGACUACUUCCACAUCCACCAAGACACAGGUCUAAUCACCACCACUCAGAUUUUAGACAGAGAACACAUGGAUUUGCAUUACUUCCGGGUCACAGCGACUGACUUUGGCUCUUCCCGCCUCUCUGGCACCACAAUGGUAGCCAUUACUGUUUCAGACCGGAAUGAUCAUUCUCCUGUAUUUGAGCAGACAGAGUACAGGGAGACGAUCAGGGAGAAUGUAGAGGAGGGUUAUCCUAUCUUACAGCUAAGAGCGACAGACUUAGAUUCCCCAUCCAAUGCCAAUAUCCGCUACCGUUUUGUUGGUGACAUGGCCGCCAUGGCACGAGUGGCCUUUGAGAUUGACCCACGCUCUGGUCUCAUUACAACCCGUGGAACAGUAGACCGGGAAUCAAACGAACACUACACUCUUCAAGUGGAGGCUAGUGACCAGGGCAAAGAACCAGGGCCACGCUCUGCCACUGUUAAAGUUUUCAUCACCGUUCUGGAUGAAAAUGACAAUGUGCCACAGUUCAGUGAAAAGCGCUAUGUGGUAGCAGUGAAGGAGGAUGUCCGGCCUCGCACUGAGAUUCUCUGUGUGAGUGCCACAGACCGAGACAAGGACAGUAAUGCUGCAGUUCACUAUAAUAUCAUCAGUGGUAACAGCCGUGGACAGUUUUCAAUUGACAGUGUCACUGGUCAGAUCGAAGUUGUGGCACCACUAGACUACGAGGCUGAACGGGAGUACAUACUCCGGGUUCGUGCACAGGACAGUGGCCGACCACCUCUUUCCAAUAACACUGGUAUUGUCAGUGUCCAGGUGACAGACGUCAACGACAACCCACCGAUCUUUGUGUCUACACCAUUCCAGGCAUCUGUGCUUGAAAGUGCCCCCGUUGGUAGUUCCAUCCUCCACAUUCAGGCCAUUGAUACAGAUUCUGGUGACAAUGCUCGCCUGGAGUACAGGUUAACUGGCACCGGCUCUGACACACCAUUCAUUAUCAAUUCUGCAACAGGCUGGGUCACUGUGAAGUCCAUUCUUGACCGAGAAUCUGUAGAGCACUAUUUCUUUGGUGUGGAGGCCAGGGAUUAUGGCAUGCCGCCACUGUCUGCUACAGCGAGUGUUACAAUUACAGUGAUGGAUGUUAAUGACAACCGCCCAGAGUUCCUCCAAAAAGAGUACUAUGCUCGCCUGAAUGAGGAUGCUACAGUUGGUACCAGUGUUGUGACCGUCACAGCUGUGGACCGUGAUGUCAACAGUGCAGUGACCUAUCAGAUAACAGGAGGAAACACCAGAAACCGCUUUGCCAUCAGCACAGCAGGAGGGGCUGGACUUCUCUCAUUAGCCCUCCCAUUGGACUACAAACAGGAGCGGCGUUACGUUCUAACAGUCACUGCUUCGGACCGCACACUCCACGACACUUGUCAGGUGCACAUCAACAUUACAGAUGCCAACACACAUCGGCCUGUGUUCCAGAGUGCCCAUUACUCUGUUAGUGUGAAUGAGGACCGACCACCUGGAAGCACUGUAGUGGUGAUCAGUGCCACAGAUGAUGAUGUUGGAGAAAAUGCUCGAAUCACAUACUUCCUUGAGGAUAAUAUCCCACAGUUCCGCAUCGACACAGCCACAGGAGCUAUAACACUCCAGGCAGAGCUUGAUUAUGAGGACCAGAUGACCUACACUUUGGCCAUAACAGCCAAAGACAAUGGCAUACCACAGAAAUCAGACACUACAUAUGUUGAGGUGAAUGUCAAUGAUGUCAACGACAACGCACCUCAAUUCGUCAGCCCUAGAUAUCAGGGAACAGUAAGCGAAGACGCCCCUCCCUUCACCAGUGUCCUCCAAAUCUCAGCCACUGACCGUGACGCACACGCUAACGGUCGUGUUCAGUACACCUUUCAAAAUGGUGAGGAUGGGGAUGGAGACUUUACCAUUGAACCUACAUCUGGUAUUGUCCGAACAGUUCGCCGUUUGGACCGUGAGAGUGUGCCAUUCUAUGAGCUCACAGCCUAUGCCGUGGAUCGUGGUGUGCCCCCUCAGCGAACCCCAGUCCACAUCCAGGUGACAGUCCUAGAUGUGAAUGACAAUGCACCUGUCUUUCCUGCUGAUGACUUUGAGGUUCUUGUGAAAGAAAACAGCGCAGUGGGUUCUGUGGUAGCUCAGAUCACAGCCACUGACCCAGAUGAGGGGCCCAACGCUCAGAUCAUGUACCAAAUCGUGGAGGGUAACAUCCCUGAGAUAUUCCAGAUGGACAUCUUCUCAGGGGAGCUCACUUCACUCAUUGAUCUUGACUAUGAGGCUCGCAAUGAGUAUGUGAUUGUAGUUCAGGCCACCUCAGCACCUCUAGUCAGUCGGGCCACUGUCCGCAUCCGAUUGGUGGACCAGAACGACAACCGGCCCACUCUACAGGACUUCCAAAUCAUUUUCAACAACUUCGUGUCCAAUCGCUCCAACAGUUUCCCCAGUGGGGUAAUCGGGAGGGUACCAGCCCAUGAUCCCGAUGUGUCAGACAGGCUGUACUACACCAUCGACAGAGGGAAUGAGCUUCACCUGCUGCUCCUGAAUCACACCAGUGGAGAGAUCCGACUGAGCCGAAAACUGGAUAACAACAGGCCGCUGGUGGCUCCCAUGCUGAUCACAGUUACAGAUGGCGUCCACAGUAUUUCAGCCCAGUGCAUUCUCCGCGUCCUCAUCAUCACGGAGGACAUGCUGGGCAGCAGUGUCACUGUACGCCUCCAGAACAUGUCCCAGGAGCACUUCCUGUCACCGCUGCUGGGUAACUUCCUGGAGGGCGUGUCAGCGGUGCUCUCGGUACCUGUCGAGGAUGUUUUCAUUUUUAACAUCCAGCCGGACCUUGAUGCGGCGCCUGGUGGGAUCUUGAAUGUCAGCUUCUCCGCGGCAUUGCCGGGUGGACUCUUCUUCCCCUCAGAGGCUCUAGAGGAACAGCUGUACCUGAACAGGCUGAGGCUGACGUCAUUGACACAGAUGGAGGUUCUCCCAUUCGACGACAAUGUGUGUCUGCGUGAGCCGUGCCAAAACUACAUGAAGUGCAUCUCGGUGCUGCGCUUCAACAGCUCGGCCCCCUUCAUCUCCUCGCCCUCCAUCUUGUUCCGCCCCAUCCACCCAAUCGCAGGCCUCCGCUGUCGCUGCCCAGUUGGCUUCACUGGUGAUUACUGCGAGACGGAGAUUAACCUGUGUUACUCCAACCCCUGCCUGAAUGGAGGGGUCUGUGCCCGCAGAGAGGGAGGGUACACCUGCAUCUGCCGUGAAGACUACACUGGUGAUCGAUGUGAGUUCGACCGGCAGCAGGGCAGGUGUGUGCCAGGCGUGUGUCGUAAUGGAGGGACGUGUCGGGAGCUUUCAGGUGGGGGUUUCCGCUGUGAGUGUCCCGCUGGAGGCUAUGAGCGUCCAUACUGCACAGUCACUGCCCGGUCCUUCCCACCGAAGUCCUUCGCCAUGUUCCGGGGCCUCAGACAGAGAUUUCACCUGUCUAUCUCGUUAACAUUUGCAACCCUGGAGAAUAGUGGUCUUCUCUUUUAUAAUGGACGCUUCAAUGAGAAACAUGACUUCAUCGCCUUGGAGAUCCAAGAAGGACAAGUAGUGCUCAAAUAUUCCACAGGUGAAUCGUCCACUCAGGUGAGUCCCUUCCUGCCUGGUGGAGUCAGCGAUGGCAACUGGCAUACUGUUCACAUUCACUACUACAACAAGCCAGCUAUACGCUAUCCGAAGCGCAGUAUGAGCGGUGAGGCCCAGGGUCCGUCAGAUGAGAAGAUUGCUGUGGUGAGCAUUGACGACUGUGAUACGGCUUUGUCUCUUCGCUUUGGUAUGCAGCUCGGAAAUUACAGCUGCGCCGCGCAGGGCAAACAAACCAGUAGCAAGAAAUCUCUGGACCUGACUGGUCCAUUGUUUCUGGGCGGAGUUCCCAACGUACCAGACAACUUCCCGUUUGGCACCAGGGAGUUUAUUGGCUGUAUGAAGGAGCUGCACAUCGACAACAAGCAGCUGGACUUGGCUGGAUUCAUCGCUAACAAUGGAACAAUCCCUGGCUGCAGUGCCAAGCUCCAGUUCUGUAAGUCCAAUCCGUGUCAGAACGGAGGAACCUGCAGAGUGAGCUGGGAGACUUUCUCCUGCGACUGUCCUCUCGGGUACGGAGGGAAGGACUGCAGCCACGUGAUGACACACCCCCAUCGAUUUCUGGGUAACAGCGCUCUAUGGUGGGACCUGAAGAACGACGUGACCAUCUCCACGCCCUGGUAUCUCGGCCUAGUGUUCAGGACCAGAGCGCGAGAGGGGACGCUGUUGCAUGCUCAGGCUGGGCAGUACACCAGCCUGCUGUUUCAGGUGAUGAAUGGUCAGCUGGUGUUCUUGGUGACCCGUGGUUCGACCAGACCGGUGCGUUUGCGCUUGGAUCAGGUUCAGGUGGCAGACGGACAAUGGCACGACCUCCAGUUGGAGCUGCGAGACGUUCGCAGUGGCCGUGAGACGCGUUACGUCGCCACAGUCCGACUCGACUUUGGACUCUAUCAGGGAACUGUGAUAGUGGGAAAUGAGAUUCAUGGUUUGAAGGUGAAACAUCUGCAUGUUGGAGGAGUGCUGGGCUCUGGAGAGGUUCAAAACGGAAUAAGAGGAUGCAUACAGGGCGUACGGUUGGGUGUACGGCCUGAUGCCCCUCCCCUGCCCCGCCCGUCAAAAGCUAUCAAAGUAGAGAUUGGCUGUAACGUUGGCAACCCCUGCGUCUCAUCUCCUUGCCCUGCUCACAGCCGCUGUUCUGACCAAUGGGAGCGGCACACCUGUAUCUGCGAACCCGGUUACUAUGGGAGAGGCUGCACGGACGCUUGCCAUCUGAAUCCGUGUGAAAACGAGGCUCAGUGCCACAGGAAGCCCAGCUCUUCCCAUGGAUACAUCUGUGACUGUGGAGACAACCACUAUGGGCAGUACUGCCAACACAGAAUUGACCAUCAGUGUCCCAGGGGUUGGUGGGGAUCUCCCACCUGUGGACCAUGUCACUGUGACACCAAUAAAGGCUUCGACCCCAACUGUAACAAGACCAGUGGACACUGUCACUGCAAGGAGUUUCACUAUCACCCGCGAGGCUCUGACACCUGCCUGCCAUGUGACUGCUACCCAGUGGGGUCCUUCUCGCGGUCAUGUGACCCAGAGACAGGCCAGUGUCAGUGCAGGCCAGGUGUGAUUGGUCGACAGUGCAACACAUGUGAUAACCCCUUUGCUGAGGUCACGAAUUCAGGUUGUGAAGUCAUUUAUGAUGGUUGUCCAAAGACCAUCACUCAGGGGAUCUGGUGGCCUCGGACCAAGUUCAACCUGCCUGCUGCAGUGCCCUGCCCGAAAGGCUCUGUCGGUGCGGCCAUCAGACACUGUGAUGUAGAGAGGGGAUGGCUGGAGCCAGACCUUUACAACUGUACCUCACCUCCAUUUGUGGAGCUCAAUGCUGCUCUUGAUUCUCUGGAGCGUAAUGAGACAGAGCUGAACACCAUCAUGGAGAAGAAACUUGCCCAUCAACUCCGUGAUGUCACUGAGGCAACCGCCCGACUCUACGGCAAUGACUUGCAGAUCGCCGAAAGACUGCUGUCCCGCCUCCUGACCUUUGAGACCCAACAGAGCGGCUUUGGACUCACUGCUACUCAGGACGCACAUUUCAAUGAGAACAUUCUCCGGGGCUGCAGUGUGCUGUUGGGACCUGGUACCUCUGGGCUUUGGCGUGCUCUCGCUCAGAGUCAAAACCACAUCCCAGGCGGCGGUCCAGCUGAGCUGACGGAGCUGCUGGAACAGUACGCCCAGAAUCUGGCCCGGAACAUGAAGCUCACCUACCUCAACCCUGUGGCACUGGUUGCUCCAAACUUGGUCAUGAACCUUGAUCGUGUGGAGAACCAAACCCAUGUGCGGCGACGUUUCCCGCGUUACCACACAACCCUGUUUCGUGGGCAGGUUUUGUGGGAUCCCCAUACCCACGUGAUACUGCCCCCUGCUGCCCUGGUGCCACAACGACAGCAGCAACACAACUGGAAAGAGAAGGAGCGGACAGAGAAAGAACCCACGACCCCUCAGAAUGCUGCCACCGCCCCCGUCAGUAUCUCAGCCAACCAGACAGGAGAAUACACUGCAGCCAGGCGCACAGUUUCGAUGCCUGAGCAGCCCAUCACCAUUGUCAUCUUGUUGAUCCAUCGCAGUCUGGGCGCUGCCCUCCCUCCCAAGUAUCACACAGACAGACGAGGAGUGAGGCUUCCUCGACACCCGGUAAUGAACUCCCCAGUGGUCAGUAUCUCUGUCUACAACAACCAGACAUUUGUGGGUGGACACUUGGACCAGCCCAUCCUGCUUGAGUUCAAACUGCUGGAGACAGCCAAUCGCAGCAAGCCACUGUGUGUGCAGUGGAACCACAGCAGUCCGUAUGAGAUUGGAGGUUGUUGGACAGUCAGGGAUUGUAUGGUGGUGUACAGGAACGCCUCUCAUGUUCGCUGUCAGUGCCAGAGACUUGGCACCUUCGGCGUGCUGAUGGACAGUUCGCAGAGAGAGCAGUUGGAAGGAGAUCUGGAGACGCUGGCCCUGGUCACAUACUCCUCUCUGUGUGUCUCCAUGCUGGCCCUCCUCCUCACAGUCCUGGUGCUCUCCUGUCUCCGAGGAUUGAAGUCCAACACCAGGAGCAUCCAUUCAAACACAGCAGCAGCCAUGUUUUUGUCGGAGCUGGUAUUUUUGCUUGGCGUCAAUCAGACUGAACAGCAGUUCCUGUGUACAGUCGUGGCCAUCCUCCUGCAUUACUUCUUCAUGUCCACCUUUGCCUGGAUGUUUGUGGAGGGCCUUCAUAUCUACCGCAUGCAGACAGAGCAACGCAACAUCAACUAUGGUGCCAUGAGAUUCUACUACGCCAUCGGCUGGGGCGUGCCCGCCAUUAUCACAGGCCUUGCAGUGGGCUUGGACCCAGAGGGUUACGGGAACCCAGACUUCUGUUGGAUCUCCAUCUAUGACAAACUCAUCUGGAGCUUUGCUGGUCCUAUAGGCAUCGUCAUACUGAUGAAUGGAGGGAUUUUCAUGAUUGUAGCCAAGAUGUCCUGCAAUCCCUCUCAGAAGGAGACCAAGAAGCUCCCUGUCAUUGCAACUAUUCGUAAUGCCUUCCUGUUGUUGCUGGUGGCCACCUCCACCUGGCUGUGUGGUCUGAUGGCUGUGAACAACAGCAUCCUGGCUUUCUACUACAUAUUCGAUGUCCUCUGCCUAGUGCAGGGUCUGUCGGUGAUGCUGGUCUUUACUGUGUUCAACUCGGAAGUUAAGGAGGCCUGGAGAGUUUGUUUGGGUAAGAAGAGCCCUGGAGAAGACCCACCAAGACCACCACAGAACACUGCUCAGAAUCCCUAUCACAACGCAUCACUGUUGGAGCAGAGCGGGCUUCACCGCAUCACACUGGGAACCUCCACCAUCUCCUCUGUCAGCUCCGCCAGAGAAAAUCUUUUGGCUCGUCAGACUCUGGAACAAAACAUCGUCCACACUGGAGCGACAGACCUGGAUGUAGCCAUGUUCCACAGAGACGGAGGUGAGGACUCAGACUCUGACUCAGACCUCUCCAUGGAGGAGGAGCGCAGUCUCUCCAUCCCUUCUUCUGAGAGUGAGGACAACGUCCGACUCCGUGGGCGCAUUCAGCGGAGAUUUAAACGCUCUAAUCACAGCGAGCGCCUGCUCACCGAGCCCACCCACAACGGCACCAAAGAUCUGGACGGCAAUGACCUUCUGUCCUACUGGCCAGCUUUGGAGGAGUGUGAAACACACACCCUGCAGAAAUGGGGCUCAGAGCGCCCCCUGGGGGGAGAUUACAGCAAGGACGCUGCCAACAACAACCAGACCGAUGCAGCCCUGACCAGUGGGGAUGAGAACGGCCUCACGCAGCCGCACAGGCACCGCAAGGGUAUCCUGAAGAAUCGUCUCGGCUGUCCCCCAGCACUGCAGGGUCUUUCCAGCAUGGGCCGUGUCCCCAGUGAGCUCAACUGGUACCGAACCUCUACUUUAGGCCACCGGGGUGUUCCUGCUGCCUCCUAUGGUCGCAUGUAUUCUGCCACGGCUGGUGCUGGUGGAGGUUCUGGCUCACUCUCCCAACCAGCUUCCCGCUACUCUUCCAGGGAGCACCUGGACUCGUUGACCCGGAGGCAGUUGUCCAGGGAUCCACUAGGGAGGCAGACGAUAGGGGGGUCGAGGGACCGGCUGGACUCCCGUGGUUCUAGGGAUAACCUGGAUCUUUUACCCAGGAGGAGAGAGCUGGGGCUGGGGCAGGGAGCAGGGCUUGGUGGGCUGGGGCUGGAUCACCAGCGGGUCUCAUCAUCCAGGGAGAACUUGACAGGAUCCAGGGACAGACUGGACAACCACCACACAGGCACCAUCCACGCCUCGAGGGAGGACUUGAGUGGAAAUGGAGGAGCAGGAAUGGAGGGAUACCUCAGUGGCUCGAGGUCACAGCUGAACACGCUAACUCGGCGGCAGGCCUCAUCCCGAGAACACCUCGGGGGGGCAAUUGUGAGCAGCAGGUCGAGAGACCAGCUGGAGACCAACGGAGUCGGUGCCCAGGCUCAACCGUGUCGGGAGUGGCUCCGCACUCUGCCUCCCCGCCAGCCCUCGCAUCCCGAUCAACCUCCGUCCUCCUCCCCUCCUCCCCCGAUCUCUGAGGAGCCCCAGCAAGAGCAGCUCCCUGCGUCGGCUCAUGUCAGAGGACGACUGGACUCUGCACCUCCAUGUAGGUACCCCGUUCAGACUGUCCCCCAGGUCGCAGGUUCAAAUCCAAAUCCUCUGGGUCGACAACCGUCCAGCGAACACCUGGAUAUUCUGUCCUCCAUCCUGGCAUCCUUCAGUUCCACUGUCCUCACUCCUCCACCUGCUGCCUCUAACCCUGGGCCUAAUGGCUCCGCCCAUGGACCCUCUCCCUCCCCGUCUGCCACCUCCCAUAGCAUAUCUGAAGUCUCUCCAGACUCCGAAGCCAACAGAAGUGAAGGACAGUCUUGAUGACAGCCUGCAUAUCCUCCUUUAUGCAUUACAACAGUGGAAAACAAGGGACAAGUUCUGAACCACUGGGACACCCUGAGGAACACCUGAGGACUAGAAACAAACUUAGGACAGAGGACACACAGAGUUGAAAAGAAAGUGGGAGAGGGAGUGUCCACUGAGGAGAAAAGCUGUUGUUUGUGGGCAGUUUGUACUGUAAAAUUAAGUUUUUCUAGUCCCACCGCCUACAACAAUGAUCAGUGACGUUUCUUUGGAUGAUGAGUCAACCACCUCUACUACCUAAAAACUGACAAACACAAACUCCUCAGAUUUCAAACACAAAAGUCAUCUUGAUCCAGACGAGAUCCGCCUAUGGAAAAAAAGAAGACUGUAAAUAACAUUUUUUAUACAUUUUGUAUCUUUUUCAUUGGAGAUGAAGAAGAAAUCUCUUGUGAUGUUCCUUUUUUCUUUUUUUCUUUUUUAUGAUAGUGUCCGUGUGAGGUUGUGAGUGAGGUCGGUGCGAGUGCAGUCUUGUUCGUUGCUAAGGGAGAGAUUUCCCCGUACAGAGAAAAAAAAAAAGAUCCCCAAAAUGUCUCCCAGAAAACAGUUUUCCUCAGAAACUUUUCCUCACACCCAUCAACUUUGUGUAUAGCGACAGGGGUCCGGCAAUAGUAUCUGAUGAGAUUAUUGAAACCGCAAGAUGUGGUUGAAGGAACGUAGCGAGAAAAAAAGUGAUUGUAAAUAGAGGAAGGGAUUAUUAUAAGAGAAUAGAUUUGAUGGAUCAAGAUGAUUGUGCAGAGAAAGAUGGCCAACGUUAAGCUAAAACACCACACAAAGGUUCAGAGUCCAACUAUUAAAGCUCAGUCACGAGUGUCAAAGUAUCGGCUCUUUGGGGAGAUUGUGCUGUUUUGUGAUCCGCUGUAUAUGAAUGUGACCUUGUCAUCUGUCUGUGUAUCUCUGUGCCUGAUGCUGUCUGAACCAGACCAUAUCAGUCGACUGCUAUUGCAAGACCAUAUCUUUAGUGUUCCCCGAGACCUGCUGGGUGAGGUUAGAUAUCAGUCUGCCUCUCUGUAUGAAGUUGUAUCACGUAACAACCAUUUAAAGCCCCUCAAGGUAUCUUGCACUUUGAUGCAUCACGACUCAACCCGCCUCAAGAGACGCCGCAGGAGCAGCCGCAUCUUUCCGGCAGCAUCCUCGAAACUCAUUUUUUAAAAGCUUCUCAUGCAAAUCCAAGCCAAAGGGACAACUGCUUCAAAUCAGUACGAUACAUCAAUGUUUCUGUGAUAAAAAAUGAUGCUAUAGAUGUGAUUCACAGUUUUGUUUUAAUUGUGAUUUCUUCUUCAAAUAAUUGUGACAUGAAAACAGUUCUUUUUUUUAGUAAUACAACCUGAGAUCUGUGCUAUAACAGGACAUAAAACUGUGGCUGAUAUUUUAUUUGGCUCCAUACUGUAUAAGCAAGUUUUGAUUCAGCAUGUAGGAGGAGAGCGGAUCAGAAGGAAGGCAUUUAUGAGUCACAUCUUUGUGCACUCAGAUAUUUGUUUGAAGACCUGAAAGCAGACAUGCAGCACAUAUCCAGCAUGAUAUCCGCCUUAAUAUAGUAGCUCAUAUCUGUAACACAUAACUCCCAUGCCAGAAGUUUUUACUUGGUUGGCUGAACACAGAAAUAACUUCAGAAUAUCCAUCAUAUUUUAUAGAAAAGAGACAUUAACUCUAAAUCUGUCAAGUCCUGACUUAGCUUGCGAGCUGUCACUAAUGAAGAGUUCACACCAGAACAUAUUAAUACAGAUUCGUCCUCAUUGCUAAGGCUGCUGUACAAAGAUGAGGUCUCCUGAAAGAUAGACUGUAAUCUUUUGCUGCACUGUACCAUUGCUCAGGAGAAGAGAUGUCAGUUGUGUCAGAGGUAAAAGCCUCUAAGUGGUUUUGAGAUGCAGGUCUUUCCAUCAGCAGCUGCUCCUUUCUCACAGCUGUUAGAGCGAGCACCGAGUACAGGCCUUGAGGUAAGCCUGGGAGACAGACGGGCAUUCUCCAGCAGCCUUCACAGGGAUUAAGGGAUUGUAGGUAACAGUUUUGUUUUGUGAUGAAGAAAGUGCAGUGGGUCAGAAAAACUGAAGACAGCCCAAAAUAUUAACCAGCAAGAGAGGGAGCGCAUAAAAAAACAAAAAAACAAAAACAAACAAGAAGACUGCUAAAGUAGAGCAGAAUGAGCAUAAGAAUAAAUCAUGAGUUACAAAACCUGGGAGGAGGCUGGGAGGAGAACGAAUUGGGUCAGAAACUAUGACUGUGUACAAAAUGUAACUGCAGGGAGGAGGAUGUGGUGUUACUCAUCGCAGAGAGAAAGAAAAAACAACACAGAGGAACAGACGGAAACACCGACAGUGGAAAUACACACACUCGUUUCAUAAAUGCUUAUCUCCCUGCUCUGACCACUGCUCUGUCAUUCCAACAUCCCCGGGAUGUGACAAGUGAACGUAUUCGUGACAGUAGUAUUGCCAAAAAAUGUUACUGCGGGGGAACGCUACCCACCUAUAAAACCUGACUGAUUCCUUGUCAUUCUUUUUGUCAAUUUAUUAUUUUUUUCUGUAUGUUAUCAUCAACGGACAGUACCUUUAACUUGUACAGACAUGAGAUUUAUUUUAUUUAUUGAUAAUUUAUUCACAUUGUAUUGAUUAUUUAUGUUGAUAUUUUGUAUGAGAGGCUGUUGUUUCUUUGUCCAAUGUUUACUGUUUUUCACAUGUAAUGUUCCUUAUGAUCUGAGUGUCUCAUUAAAACAAAUUCACAGAUGGAGGGCAAGGAAAAGAGAGCAAUGGAAAGAUAGAAAAGUCUAUUUACACCUAGGAUUACAACUGAUGCAGGACACUUUUCAGCAUUUAAAUUGGUUUGAAUCUGGGAAAACAAACUUAGAACUCAUUCCUGUAUAGUUACAAUUUAUCCACUUCAGACAGAAGGCAAACACAUAUCCAAAUUAAAAUGUGAAUACUGGGUGUAAAUAGGGCAGAUAUGUCCCAAAUUAAACCUUUUCUCCUCCAUGUUCACUGUUAUAGAUCCAACACUUCACAAGCACAAAGUCUAAUCAUUAACUGGUUAUACAACUGAUGUACACAUAACAGUCAGCUGUCCAGCUUCAGGUUCAUCUGGUUGGGAGCAUUAGCAGCUACAAAAGUGAGGGGAGACAAAAAGAUGAGUUGAAAUUAGAGGCUCUGAAAAAAA